CAGUCAUGGGAAAGGCCGAGGGAGGAGGUGAACUGUGGCAUGGUCAUGUGACCGCACUAACUAUAGCUCCAGAGUACCGACGCCUCGGUCUGGCUGGAAAACUUAUGAACAUACUGGAAGAAAUCUCAGAAAAGAAACAUUGCUACUUUGUCGACCUCUUUGUGAGGGUGUCAAACAAGGUUGCCGUGGAGAUGUACAACAAGCUUGGUUAUGGUGUGUACCGUCGGGUCAUUGAGUACUACUCAGGUGAAGUGGACGAGGAUGCUUUCG